AUGUAUCCAAAUAUAAUUAUAACAAAUCGUUUACGAUCAUCAGCUGUUGUUAAUUCAACAAUAUGUGCACAAUGUAAUUUAAAUCAUCCAAAUGCACGUUGUCAACCUAACAAUAAUAAUAAUACUCUAUCAUUUCAUGAAUUACCACAAGAAACUCAAUUAUCAAUUGAACGUAAACAUUUAGCUGAUUAUUGUCUUCGUGCAUUUCGUGAUCGAUGUUAUGCAUAUAAAAGUUUACAUAAAAAACGGAAAAAAAAAUUAGGAAAUGCAGCAAAAAAAAAUGAUCUUAAUGAAGUUAAACGUUGUAAUAAUUUAAUUGUUAUUUAUGAUUCAUUACAAUUUGCAUAUAAAUGUAUUCUUAAUUCAUUUUAUGGUUAUGUUAUGCGAAGAGGUGCUCGUUGGCAUCGAAUGGAAAUGGAUGGUAAUGUAUGUACAACAGGUUCAAUUAUUAUCAAACGUACUCGAGAACUUGUUGAACAAAUUGAACGACCACUUGAACUUGAUACAAUAAGAUAUCUAAUUUUUCAAACAUAA